GUAAUAAGUAAAACAAUCUGCCAAAAAGUCGGUUUGUUGUAGUUCCCGUACGUAUUUUCCCUUAAUUUAAAGGGAUGUGGUAAAAAUUGUAGAAAUUUUUAUUAAAAUAAACAGCUGUAGAAGGCUGCACUUGAUACGACGUGUGAGUGAUUACGUAGCUUAGUGGACAAAGAUGCGGAACCGAUUACAAACUGAGUCCACCAGACAUGUCCUGGCUGUUUUAACGCUAUGCGUACUGUGGUAUGUGAUCUCCUCAAGCAACAACGUCAUCGGAAAAAUGGUGUUAAACGAGUUCCCAUUUCCUAUGACGGUGACAAUGGUGCAACUGUGUAGUAUAGCCUUGUAUAGUGGACCUUUCUUCAAUCUAUGGCGUAUACGAAAGUAUCAAAAUAUUUCUAGAGGAUAUUAUUGGCGUUUGAUUAUUCCACUAGCAUUGGGAAAGUUUCUUGCAUCGGUCACAUCACACAUUUCUCUAUGGAAAGUGCCAGUUUCCUAUGCUCACACGGUCAAAGCGACAAUGCCGCUGUUUACUGUAAUCUUGACACGUUUGCUGUUUCGUGAAAAGCAACCUACUCUCGUUUACCUCAGCUUGGUGCCAAUUAUAACAGGUGUUGCAAUAGCUACCUUAACCGAGAUUUCAUUCGACAUGGUUGGUUUAAUAAGUGCGCUCAUAUCGACGAUGGGUUUUUCAUUACAGAACAUUUUCUCUAAAAAGGUACUUAAGGAUACCGGAAUGCAUCAUCUGCGUCUUCUACAGUUGUUGGGCAAAUUGGCGUUGAUUAUGUUCUUACCAAUUUGGGUAUUUGUGGACAGCUUUAAAGUCAUACAACAUCCUGCUAUUACCAGCUUCGAUUAUCGCGUGAUUGCUUUGCUAUUCACUGAUGGUGUUUUGAAUUGGUUACAAAAUGUUAUAGCCUUUAAUGUGCUUUCACUAGUUUCGCCAUUGACUUAUGCGGUUGCGAGCGCGUCAAAGCGCAUUUUCGUGAUAGCUGUGUCGCUAUUCAUUUUAGGGAAUCCCGUAACGUGGUUAAACUGCGUGGGCAUGACUUUGGCAAUAUGCGGCGUAUUAUGUUAUAAUCGGGCCAAACAAAUAACACGGAAGUCUGAGACGGUAUUACCUCUAACCCAAAAUCAUCGUAUUAAAUACGAACCACUCAACAGAAAUUUUGACCCUUAUUAUCAGGGUGCAACGACAAGUAACCUAAAUGGUUUCGCUAACAAACGUGGUGAAAAACCGUUCACAAAUACUAAUACGGUACCAACAAAUAGUUUACUAACGAAUGGCAAUAUAUUUCCAAAUGGUAGUACGGCGACACGUUUACUUUUUGUUUAAUUUAUGAAGAUAUAUAUUUGUUUAGUAGAUAUAAGUGAUAAUACCGUUAGGUGAAGCGUAGUUAGUUAGAUAAUAUUUUUUGUUGACGCAUAUUAUAAAAGAGAAGAAUACAAACCAAAUUGUUCAGCUGUGUAAAUAUAGUAUUUUUUUACAACUUACUCCAGGAAAGUAAAGUCGAGACACAGAAGUAAAGACAUGGUAUGCGUAUGUAAUAGUAAUGCAAUAAUAACUAAUUAUAUGUAUGUAAAUAAUAACUUUUCCCAGCGAGAUUUGUAGCAUGUAAAUAAAUAAAAAACAUAUGUCUGUAAAACAGGGUUAAUUUGUAUGAAUUUAUACUAACAUUAUUUUUCGUUAGCAAAUUGUAUGUGAAAACAAAAUCAAGCAAUAAAACUAAGUGACGCAAUUAUGAGGUAAAAAAUGUAUACAAAA